AUGAAUUUAUUCAGGGAGGCAAUGAUUGACCGAUCAAAUUAUCACAGCCCAGAAUUUGUAAAUGACUAUUCUUCAUUGACACAGAAUCAUAAAACACAGUCUUAUAACAACCGGGGAAGUUGCCUAAAAAUGUCAAACGUAGAGGUUGAGUCCAGUUCUACACCAUCAACAAGAGAAUUUAUAAAUCCGCAACAGAAUAUAGACACAUGUUUCAAGCGUAUCGUUACACAGUCACCACUAGAAGUGAUGGCACAAAGAUUUGGUCAUGUGAUUAGAGAGUUUCAGUUUAAUUCACAUCCAAUAAACAACAAACCUGACAAAGUAAAGUUAUCUGAUCAUCCUUUUUCUCUAUCAUCCUCUUAUUUCAUGCCAAAAUGCACAUCUGAUCACUCCACCAUUACUACACACAGUCAUGCGACACAGAGUACUACACUCAGCACCUUUAAACUUCCUAUUCUGUUAUCCAAAUCAUCAUUAGAUUGUUUUCAUUCAAAAUGCUACGAAACAGUUGUAACAUGUGAAAAUUCACCGGGAAUUCCUUUAUCUGACUCAUUAAAUCAGAAGUAUAUCCUUAUGGAGAAUGGAAUCAGUAGUGGUGAUAGCAUGCUAACUAACUUAAACACUCCCUUUUUACAGUCAACGCCAUCAUCACACACCUAUUAUCCAAAUUUGCUAAAAUAUUCAUCAUCACCUUGUCAAAGACAAAGUUCCUUUCAUUCUGUACGCCCUAAAAUAAAUGAUACAAAUAGUUUAGGUGAAAAUCAACAGAGUAGAACAAGUGUAUAUGAGUUACAAGAGCUUAAAAAUGAAGCUACUUUUUGUUGUCGUUGUUUAAAUUUGUCAACUGAAAAUAAUAAGGUCAUUAGUCAAGAUGAAUCAUUUUCAAAUUUUAAAAAUGCUUAUUCAACCGUUCAACAAAAUAUUCAUAAUUCAAAUAAUUUCUCCAUUUAUAAAAAUGAACACCUGGAAUUGAUAAAUAACCCAACUUAUCAAGAAGUGAAAUGUAAGUAUGACUCAUAUACUUCAUCAAUUUCAAAUCCAUCAUUACAAUCAUGUAAUAAUUAUAUAAAUAAAUCUAUAGAUUAUGAUAAAAUAUCAUCAGAAAUCUAUUCAAAUCAAUCAAAAUCAAUAUAUCAAUCAAUUGGUUAUGAUAAUCCAAAUGUAAAACCACCAUUCUCUUAUAUUACACUGAUUGUUUCAGCAAUGAAUUCAAAAUUAUCUAAAAAGAUUACAUUGAAUGAAAUUUAUGCAUGGAUUAUGACCACGUUUGCUUAUUAUCGUAAGAAUACAAGAAGAUGGCAGAAUUCAAUUCGACAUGCUUUAUCAUUCAAUGAUUGUUUUAUUAAAGUACCACGUCCAACAGGUGAAGCAGGCAAAGGCUCCUAUUGGACUGUUCAUCCACAAGCAGUUGAUAUGUUUGAUAAUGGUUCAUCAAUGAGACGUAAUCGUAAAUUUAUUGAUGAGAAUCGAUAUCGUGGGCAUCAAUAUCAAAAUCCACAUCAUCGUCAUCUUCAUAAUAAUAACAAUAAUAGCAAUAGUAAUAAUGGUGAUAAUAUAACUAUAAUUAUGCAGGAUAAAAAUCAACAAAAAAGUCGGAUAAAUUUCAGCCCAGAAACGGAUAAUCAAUUGAUGAUCGGUAAAAUACAAAGAGAUUUUAUCCCAUUCUGUCAGAAGAAUUAUCAUGAUCAGGAUGAUGGUGAUGGUGACGCUUGUAGCUUGGUAAUGAAACAGUCGAGUAUUAAUAAUAAUAAUAAUAAUAAUAAUAAUAGUAAUAAUAAACCUGGUCAUCCCAAGAGCGCGAUAAUAAUGAAUCGAAUGGAUCCUAUUAAUUGUAACAUAUCAAUGUCAUCACCAUUAUCUUCAUCAGUGUCAGUGUCGACAUCUUCAACAUCACCACUGUUGGUGUAUACUUCAAAUCCUGUACAUGAGAAUCAAACAAAUCCCAUAUCCACUUAUCGACAUAAUCAUUCAAAUAGUCAACUUGAUGAGGAUUUUGCUUGGAUGAAUAAUUCUUAUCAAAAAUCAUUAACUUCUAGUGAAUACUGUUUAGUUAACUUAUUGAAUAACAAUGAAAUAAACCGUGAUUGGCACACUAUUACUAUCGAUAAUAAUAAUAAUAAUAACAGCGUUGAUUGUUGUACAAACCGCUUUGUUAGUAGUAUAGAAAAGAUCCAUACAAAACUGCCAAUUAAUCAAGUUGAACAUAUUUCACUGUCAAGGUGUGCAACUAAACGCUACGCCGAUAAAACAUCACUAGAUCAAAUGUUCUAUGAAUUUAAUAAUUAACUGAUUUAUUUGUUGUUACAUUUUAAUCAAUUAUGCGAUAAAAUCAGUAAAUCGA